AUGCAGGGAGAGUACCAUGGAUUUUCUGCUCAGCUGAGUAAUGUGGCAAAAAAUCAAAUGCAUAUUAGGUGUUACACUCAUGUUUUAUGCUUAGUUAUUGGUGAUGUAACUAAUAAAAUUCUUCAGUCAAUUAAUUUGUUUGGAAUACUCAAUGGAUGUGCUGUUUUUAUUAAAGAAUCCCAUAAGCGUAUAGAUUUGUACGUCACAUCGUAAUAUUCGAAGGGUUUUAAAUCAAUAUUAAUUGUAGUACAUUCUUAUUGAAAUUGAUACCUAGUGCUCAGAUAUAAAAACAAAAGAUUAGAAAGAACUGAUUUUUUAAGUAUAUUUUUAUUAUUUAUUAAAUUUAGUUGCACAUUAUGACUAGGUAGGUACUUUAUUGUUAAGAAAAAAAAUAGUUAGAUGCGUUGUGAAUUGCGAAAUGAUAACAUUCAGUUGUUUAAAUUGUUUACAAUGUGUAUUAUUGAUUUUGCUCAUAAAUUUAAUUCUUGUUAUAAUAAUUAAUUACUUAGGUAUCUAUAUAACCUAAACUAUAUUCUUAAUUUUAAAUAAAUAUGUGGGUAGUUUACAUUGGAUGUCUAAUACAAUCAUUUUGUUUUGGUGAAAAAAUAUAUUUUUGGAUAUAAUACAAAUAAAUCAAAAUAAUUAUGUAGCUCUUAUAGUGUUUUAUUAUUAUUAUUAUUAUUAUUAAAGAUUUAUAUAUUUUAGGAGGUUAGUGAUGCAUAUUAUAUUUCUAUCUUCUUCGCCAUUGAAUAUUAUUAUCUGCAAUAUUCAUAAACCUUAUAAAUGAACGUUAUAUCUAUAUCGUUAAAUAUAGAAUAUUAUAAUAUUAAUUAAGAAACUUUGGGUAAAUUUUAUAAUGUUCUUAUUUUACCGAGAGACAUUUUUUUUAAUUCUCCGCAAUACAUUUUUGACCAAAAUGCUUUAUCAAAUCGAAAUUAAUAUGUUUAAUUAGUGCAUUGUGGAAGUAAUUAAUUUUUAUUCUUUGUUCUUUUCUUAAUAAUGAUAGAACACCAAAAAAAUAAUUAUCACGAAUAGAAAGACUUAUAUACGGUCUAAUGAUUUAAUAAUUUUGUUAAACUAUAACUUUAUUUAAAAGGUAUUAUUUUUUCUUUAUAUUAUUUAAAUUUAUAAAUAUUAUAUUAUUAUUAAAAUGGAAGAUACAUAGUAUUAAUUUGUUCAUUGUAUCAUGCAGCAAAACGCCACAUACAAAUUUGGCUUCUUUUUUUUAUUUUUGUGUAUAUUUUUUCUCAGAUUUUAUUUUUCGUAUUUUUUUAUAAAUAAAAACAGACAUUUAGUUAUAUUUUAUAAAGUGAGGCAUACAUAGACAAAGUAUAUUUUUUAGUCAAGUUCUGAUCGUUGUCCAUUAAGCAUCAAUUGAACAUUAACCAUCAGCUGAUACGGUUGUAUUAUUUGCAAAAUAUUAUUAUCGUUUCUUUCAUUAUGAAUUUUAUAGAUUUAUUAAAAUACUCGAAUGAUUUUCCAAAUUUAUUAUAUAACAUUCGUAAAAGUCAAAAUCCAAAAUACCCAGAGCUAACUACAUUUGCAUUGAGACUCAUAACAUUCGAUUUAUUCACUCUGAAACAUUUGAACAAAUUGCCAAUGUGUGAAGUUGGUUUCGAAUUCCUAGGUGCUGUAGACUGUGUUCAAUGUUUUAAUUAUGGACUAAUUCUUCAUGAGUGGGAAAUUAAGGACGAUCCUUGGAAAGAACAUGCGUAUCAUUCACCGGUAUGCUCGUUCGUACAACUUAAAAAGGCAACCAAUUCAUAG